UUAAUCUGAAAUCUAGAAAUUCAAAUUCCUACAAGACAAAUUAACAACUAACAAAUUAUAUUUUAAUAAUUUACAAAUAUAUAGGUAUCGUAUAUCAGUAAUGGCCGAUAAAGUAAGAGCUGGAUGUAAAUGCGUAAAACCACUUUUGUCUGCCAAUUUCUGUGAGGCUCAUACACGAGUAAUCGGAUUAUAUAGAGCAUAUUAUCGUUUUAUUCCUCAUUUACUAAGAUUGUUUGACAUACCCAAAACUGAAGAAGACUGCCGUUGGAAAUUACGAGAGCAAUUUUAUAAAAACGCUUGUGUUACAGACAUUCGCGUUAUUGACAUGCUAGUUAUAAAGGGAUACAUGAAUCUAAAAGAGAUGACUAACAACUGGCAACAGAAAGGGCAUCUUAUGAGUAAUUGGAACCCAACAGCAGAACCGAAGCCAUGUGACUUUGUUGGAAAAUUUUUGGCCGGCGUUGAUUAAAAUAAUUUAAUACGUUCAAUCUGGGAUUUGGGAAAUAAAUGGUUAAAUAACAA